AUGGCAAGCUUACCAGGCUCAGUUAAGGAAACUGGCGACGGUCAGAAAGCAGUUUCCCGGGUAAAGUUGCCGUCUGAACGCGAAGUACCUUGCACCGAAAUCGAGAAGCGAGAAUUUGACGCCAGCUAUUGCCAAUGCUGGCAACCAGCUGCCGUAGUUGAGUCUCACGAUGUUGGCGGCGAAUGCGAUUUCGAGGGAAGCGACGCGUGGCGAGAUCAAGGAAGUGCGGAAAAGAAAACAACAACAAGCGAGCGAAACCACCUGGCUAUGGUCCCAGAAGGCGUUCCCUUGGGCAGGUUCGGUCUUUCCUCUUCAAAACACCAAGCCUACCGUCGUGGCUUCCUGUUUCCAGCUUCUGAGCCCUAUGUUUCAUCUAGUACUUGGCCGACAUUUGGGAACGGGACGGGAGAUGAGACGGGGGACUGGACGGGGCACUGGACUGGACGGAGGACUGGACGGGGGACUGGACGAAGGGCUGGACGAGGGCAGUGA